CACGGGGUCAGUGGGCGGAGGGGGUGGCUUUUUCGUCGGCCCAAUGGCUGGGCAGGCCCAGUCUUCCCUUUAAAGAAUGUUGUGAAGUGACGUCGCCGAACCGAGUUACCAACUCCUCCGGCCUCAGCUGCUCUGGUGUAAGAACCAGCAGGAACGCGAGCGCGCCGGGGAGAACUCGGAGCAGCAGCAGCAGCGGCGGCGGCGGCGACGCCCGGACCCCGCACCCCGAACUUCCCAUCCCGACCCCGGACCCGGCGCCAUGCCCUCCGAGCGGCCCUUCAAGCAGCGGCGAAGCUUCGCUGACAGAUGCAAGGAGGUACAGCAGAUCCGGAAGCAGCACCCCAGCAAGAUCCCGAUGAUCAUCGAGCGGUACAAGGGGGAGAAACAGCUGCCCGUCCUGGACAAGACCAAGUUCCUGGUCCCUGACCACGUCAACAUGAGCGAAUUGGUUAAGAUCAUCCGCCGCAGACUCCAACUUAAUCCCACUCAGGCCUUCUUCCUGCUAGUGAACCAGCACAGCAUGGUGAGCGUCUCUACAACUAUCUCCGAGAUCUACGAGCAGGAGAAGGAUGAAGAUGGCUUCCUCUACAUGGUUUAUGCCUCCCAGGAGACCUUUGGCUACUGAGCAAAAAGGGUCGGGGAAUAUCCUGGCCCUGGGAAGACAGCAGCUGAGGGAGGGGGCAGCUCAGCUUCCUACUUCAGAACCAUAAAGCUGCCUCUAACUACCCGUCUCUGGGUCCCUUCCCCAAGACCCAAAGCUGGAGUGGUUGGCUUAGAUCAAUGCCAAAAUAAGGACUUUGCCCAACCAGGGCUGCAAUGGAGCAGAGGACAUCCUGUGUCAACAAGAAAUUUUCAUCUAUCCCAACUCUGUACACAUAUCAACUCUCGGUGCUACCCCCAGACGCUAGAGCCGUGGGGGCUGCUCUCUGUCUAUAGAUGGGGGAUGAGAAUAGAAGAUAUAUAUAUGGUUCAAACCUCCUGGUUUUGAAGGUGGCACCUGCUGAAAGUAGGGGAGGGAGAAGAGGGGGAGGUCACCUGUGGCCUUGGCCCUGCCUUGGCUCUGGUCUUUUUGUUUGUUUGUUUUGUUUUGUUUUUUUUGUUUUUGUUUUUUUUUUUAGGCACCUGUCCCUUCCAUCUUUAUUGCAUGCAGUUUGGACCCGCUGGCAACCACUCUUUGGACUGAGCUUUCCCCCCGCCUGCUGUUUUCUUCCACAUUAUGUACCAGUGUCCUGGAGCACCAGCCUAUUAGAGCUAUCAUUACUCUAUAUAAAUAAAUAAAAAUUUCAAGUCCUACCCA